CGGCCCGGCGGACCUCCCGGUGGCCUCGGUGGCCUGUUCCCUGAGCACCGCGGUUGCCAUGCAAACACUCGGGCACUGACCGGCGCCAGUCCACUCUACUGGAGCCCAUCCAGCUGAACGCCUCCGGCAGGCGUGGGCCUGCCGUUUCUUCACUCUAAGGGUCUCCCUGCCCGGGCACGGGUCUGCCCUCCCUCCCCGCGUUGUCAGAAGCCACGCGGGGCUUGAAGGUGAGGACCAGGAGGGGUUUCAUCGAGUAAGCCGCAGCCUGGGAUAGACACCCACUGUGAUGCUAAGGAAGCCUCUGCCAUCGCAGGCCAGUAAAAGGGCCUGUCGGACGGCCGUGUGGAGUAGCAAGGCAGGUCCACUGUGAGACAAGUCCCAAAGUUGGGCCAAGGACUGCCCCUAAGGGUGCUUCAUCAUGAUGGCUGUGGAUGGGUCAACCAUUACCAGCCGGAUCAAGAACUUGCUGCGGUCCCCAUCCAUCAAAUUACGCAGAAGUAAGACUGGAAACCGGCGAGAGGACCUCCGCUCCAAGGUGACCUUGGAGAAGGUACUGGGAAUAACAGUAUCUGGAGGCAGAGGACUUGCCUGUGAUCCCCGGUCAGGUUUAGUUGCCUAUCCAGCUGGGUGUGUGGUUGUACUGUUCAACCCCAGGAAACAUAAACAACACCACAUCCUCAACAGUUCCAGGAAAACUAUUACUGCCCUUGCCUUCUCCCCUGAUGGAAAGUACUUGGUUACUGGAGAGAGUGGGCACAUGCCUGCUGUGCGGAUUUGGGAUGUGGCUGAACGUAGCCAGGUAGCAGAGCUGCAAGAGCAUAAGUAUGGAGUGGCUUGUGUGGCCUUCUCACCUAGUGCCAAGUACAUCGUCUCUGUGGGCUACCAGCAUGAUAUGAUUGUCAACGUGUGGGCCUGGAAGAAAAACAUUGUGGUGGCCUCCAACAAGGUGUCGAGUCGAGUGACGGCAGUGUCUUUCUCUGAAGACUGCAGCUACUUCGUUACAGCAGGUCACCGACACAUCAAGUUCUGGUACCUUGAUGACAGUAAAACUACAAAGGUAAACACCACUGUGCCCCUGCUGGGCCGCUCAGGGCUGCUGGGGGAGCUGCGGAACAACCUGUUCACUGAUGUGGCCUGUGGCCGAGGGAAAAAGGCCGACAGUACAUUCUGCAUCACAUCCUCAGGGCUGCUAUGCGAGUUCAGUGAUCGCAGGCUUCUGGACAAAUGGGUGGAACUAAGAACUACAGUAGCUCACUGCAUCUCUGUGAGCCAAGACUACAUCUUCUGUGGCUGUGCUGAUGGCACUGUGCGCCUUUUCAACCCCUCGAACCUGCAUUUCCUCAGCACCCUGCCCAGACCCCAUGCAUUAGGAACAGACAUUGCCAGCAUCACUGAGGCCAGUCGCCUCUUCUCUGGAGGGGCCAAUGCCAGGUAUCCAGACACCAUUGCCCUGACCUUUGAUCCAACUAAUCAGUGGCUAUCUUGUGUAUACAACGACCACAGCAUCUAUGUUUGGGAUGUGAGGGACCCCAAGAAAGUGGGCAAGGUGUACUCAGCUCUUUAUCAUUCCUCCUGUGUCUGGAGUGUGGAGGUCUACCCUGAGGUGAAAGACAGUAACCAGGCCUGCCUGCCUCCAAGUUCUUUUAUUACCUGUUCUUCAGACAACACCAUCCGCCUGUGGAACACAGAGAGCUCUGGGGUACAUGGCUCUACCCUGCACCGAAACAUCCUUAGCAAUGAUCUCAUUAAGAUCAUCUAUGUGGAUGGGAAUACACAGUCCCUUCUGGACACUGAGUUACCUGGAGGAGACAAAGCUGAUGCGUCCCUAAUGGAUCCCCGCGUGGGCAUCCGCUCUGUGUGUAUCAGCCCCAAUGGACAGCAUCUUGCCUCAGGAGACCGUAUGGGCACACUUAGGGUGCAUGAACUGCAGUCUCUGAGUGAGAUGCUGAAGGUAGAGGCUCAUGACUCUGAGAUCCUGUGCCUGGAGUACUCCAAGCCAAACACAGGACUGAAGCUGCUGGCAUCAGCAAGUCGAGACCGGCUGAUCCAUGUGCUCGAUGCUGGGCGGGAAUAUAGCCUGCAGCAGACACUGGAUGAGCACUCAUCCUCCAUCACUGCUGUCAAGUUUGCAGCCAGUGAUGGGCAAGUGCGCAUGAUCAGCUGUGGAGCAGACAAAAGUAUCUACUUCCGCACUGCACAGAAGUCCGGAGACGGAGUACAGUUUACACGCACACACCACGUGGUACGGAAGACAACCCUCUAUGACAUGGAUGUGGAACCCAGCUGGAAGUACACAGCCAUUGGCUGUCAAGAUCGAAAUAUUCGGAUCUUUAAUAUUAGCAGUGGAAAGCAGAAAAAGCUGUUCAAAGGAUCACAGGGUGAGGACGGCACUCUCAUCAAGGUGCAAACAGACCCUUCAGGGAUCUACAUUGCCACCAGCUGUUCCGAUAAGAAUCUCUCCAUUUUUGACUUCUCCUCAGGCGAAUGCGUAGCUACAAUGUUUGGUCACUCAGAAAUUGUUACUGGCAUGAAAUUUAGUAAUGAUUGCAAGCAUCUCAUCUCUGUGUCGGGGGACAGCUGUAUAUUUGUAUGGCGCCUAAGCUCUGAGAUGACCAUCAGCAUGAGGCAGCGUCUGGCUGAGUUGCGCCAGCGUCAGCGAGGAAGCAAGCAGCAGGGACCGUCCUCUCCCCAAAGGGCUUCUGGACCGAAGCGGCACCAGGCCCCAGUGGUGCCUUCUACUGGACCAGCUCUUUCAUCAGACAGUGACAAGGAGGGAGAAGAUGAGGGUACUGAAGAAGAAGAACUGCCAGCUCUGCCCAUCCUUGCCAAGACUACCAAGAAAGAGCCAGCCUCAGCCCCGAGCCCAGCCCUGCUGCGAAGCCUGUCCCACUGGGAGAUGAGUCGGGCACAAGAGACCAUGGAGUUCCUGGGCCCAGCUCCUGUAGCCAACUCAGGACCUAGAAGAAGGGGGCGCUGGGCUCAGCCAGGCAUGGAGCUAAGUGUUCACUCCAUGCUGGACCUGCGACAGCUGGACACCCUGGCCCCGAGCCCUCAGGGCCCCAGUCAGGACUCACUGGCUGGGGCUCUGUGUGGUCCUGGAAAGUAUGGUCCACAGCCCCCUGAACUCUCACUUGCUAGCCAGAAUGAAAAGCUCCCUCGGCUCCAGACUUCCCAGCCAUUUUCCUGCCCCCAUAUUAUUCGAUUGUUGUCACAAGAGGAAGGAGUCUUUGCUCAAGAUCUGGAGCCUGCACCCACUGAAGAUGGUAUUGUCUACCCGGAGCCCAGUGACAGCCCCACCAUGGAUACCAGUGCGUUCCAGGUGCAGGCUCCAACCAGAGGAUCCCUGAGAAGAGUGUACCCAGGCAGCAGAGGCUCAGAAAAGCACAGUCCUGACAGUGCGUGUUCUGUGGAUUACAGCAGCCGCCUUUCCAGCCCUGAGCACCCCAAUGAAGACUCAGAAAGCACGGAGCCUCUAAGUGUGGAUGGCAUCUCUUCAGACCUUGAAGAGCCAGCUGAGGGUGAUGAAGAAGAGGAGGAAGAGGAGGGAAGCACUGGCCUCUAUGGGCUACAGGAAGGCAGCCCCUGUACCCCAGACCAGGAGCAGUUUCUAAAACAGCACUUUGAGACCCUGGCCAAUGGGGCUGCUCAAGGGGGUCCAGCACAGGUCCCUGAGAGGACAGAGUCUCGGAGUAUCUCAUCACGAUACCUCUUGCAAGUGAACACCCCUGCACUCAGGGAACCAUACCCAGCCUCCUCAAGCUUGGCCCUGAUGUUGAGACCUGUCCAGGUGCCACAGGUGUCUGGUGAGCAGCCAAGAGGCAGUGGUGUCAACCCCCCGGGAGCUCCGCCAGAAGUGGAGCACUCCCUUGGAAAUCCCAGCCCCCAGCAGGCAGCUCCUGUGCUGUUGCCACGCCGACGUAACAACUCAGACAGCAGCUGGGCCCCCAAGAGAGUGGCCACAGCCAGCCCCUUAGGUGGACUCCAGAAAGCCCAAUCUGUGCACAGUCUAGUGCUACAGGAUGAACUGCCUUCAUCAGGCCCAUUGCCCUCCCGGGAGAUGGAGGUCCAGGGUGGCCAGAGCUCCCUGCCACAGGCUGAUGGCCAUUUAUCUCGGCAUCACUCCUACCAGAACUCUACCACCAGUUCUGUGACCAAGCUAGCUCACAGCUUCUCAGUUGGGGAGAGUCCAGAACUGGUGACUGAACCUCAAGCUCCUACACCUGUCCGAAUCUCACCUUUCAGCAAGUUGGCUCUGCCCAGCCGGUCUCACCUUGUCCUGGACAUCCCCAAACCAUUGCCUGACCGUCCUACCCUGGCCACGUUUUCACCUAAAACCAAGGGCCAGGCCCCCAGUGAUUCAGAACAGCCUGGUUCCCCAGCAGGCCUAGGAAAACCUCACACUGCAUCUGAGAAGCUGGCCUGUUUUGGGGAGGGUACCACUUCCAAACCUAGGACAGAAUGCUGUGCUCAUCUUGGGCCCAACAACCCCUGUGUCCAUCAGCUUCCAUUCAGCAGUCUCCUCCAAGGACCUGAGAGUUUGCAGUCCCUAUCCCUUGAGAAGACUCCCAACCCCAUGGAAUGCGCCAGGCCAGGGGCAGCCCUGAGCCAGGACUCAGAAUUGGCCUUGAGCCUGGAACAGUGUGAACAGCUUGUGGCAGAGCUUCAAGGGAAUGUACGCCAGGCUGUGCAGCUCUAUCAUUUGGUGGCUGGCUGUAAGACGCCCUCAAUGGAGCAAAGUCACAUCGCUCAGCUCCUGAGAGACACCUUCUCUUCAGUUCGGCAGGAGUUAGAAGCCCUACCUGGGACUGUGUUGACUCCCCCAGGCGGGAGCCCUGUGGGAGCUGAGCAAACUCAGGCCCUGCUCGAGCAAUACUCAGAGCUGUUGCUUCGAGCCGUGGAGCGGCGCAUGGAACGCAGACUCUGAAUUUCGGAAGCCUGUCCCAAGAGAAUGCUCCCCCAUUCUAAACUGCAUCCCCUUCUCCACUCACCAAAACCUAUGAGGAUGCUUGGAGUGGAGAGCAGGGUCAGUGCUCAGAAGCCAAACAGCUUUCCUAGAUGCUCCUCAUGGAGCCCCCUGUAUUUAUUAAUUUAUUUCCCUAUUCCUUGGAACUCCUGCCUCUAAAACCCCUCCAGUGGCUCAUGGCAGGGGUAGGUCUUGGGUCUUUGUCAUCUUGGUGCUGUGAGGGGUAGGAGGGCAGCCUGCCUCAUCUAGGGGACAUUGAGAAAGGCUACCUUCUCUUAGAAGCCAUUUGAAGUUACUUCAGGGAUCCGCUUCCUGGACUGGAGCAUUCACAGGGUACUCUAGGGGGUAGAGGUGAGGUGAUGUGGUAUUUAGUGCCCUUCAGUGAACUGUGGGCCUUCACCUCUACUUCCCUCCCCUUCCCACACCAGCUGCACUCUGGUAGCUGUCAGAGAAGGGGUGUUUUUUCCCCAAUUCCUGGAAGACCAGAAAGGCAGAGCUGCUUGGCUCUCUAGGGUAUUCCCCACAAUCAAAAGACUUGAGUUGCUUUUAGGACCUGAGCUGCCACAUUCCAAUCCCAUUUUCUCCCCAAAAGGAGAACAUUAUCUAACCCUAAACACCCCUUUUCCUCCUGGCCAGCCCUUGUAGAACCAGCUGGGGGCUGUUGCUGCAGGACAGUAAAGCCCUCUGCUGGGCAAACCCAAAGCCCUGGCCUCCUUUCCUCCUCCCCAUAAGCUUCCCUUUUCUGCAGCCCUCCACCCCCACCCCACAGCCCCAGGGGCCACCACUUUCCCCCUGCAGCCUGAACUGUGCCGAUCAGAUAACCGGUUCUGGAAUGUCCCUCAUGGUUUACCGGCCUUCCACCCACCUUCUAAGGACCUUGACUAGAGAUGAGAUCACACACAGUCCAGUGUUCACAGCUAGAAUACUUAACUGACUGGGAUGUGCCUGGUGCCCUCUCACGUUUUGCCUCAGCCUCACAACCCUGGCUUAUGUAGAACUUACACCAAGAAGCACAAAAAAGAAUAGAACACGGUAAACUCCCUGGACUCUGGAAUCUUGGUGUACACAACUUAGUGAAUAUAAAAUGGUUCAGAGGACACCUGGCUUAGUUAGGAAAAGGCAGUGCCAAGACUGCUCUAGAGGUGGUGGGGAGGGAAGCUCAAGGGCCAAAAGAGACACUGAAAAAAUGAUAGGUGGGAAAGGUAAGUGUCAGAGGCAGGGAGAUAGAUUAGAAUUAAAGGGUAGUUAGGGGAGAAGGGAAGAAGGCAUAGUAGGCUGUGGUACAGUAGGAACUGUAAGGCAGUUGCAAAGUUGAAGAUAUGUGUCUCUAGACUCUGUUGCUUCCCUCUGUCCCAGGUGAGACUGGGCACCUCAGGCUACAAAAAUAGCCUGCAGAAGUGGCUGUCAGGCUACAUGCUGUCCAGGUACCCUUGCCCGCUAACACCAUGUACUCCCACGCCACCUGCACAGCCAAGUUGAAAUUGAAAUUCUAGAAGAACGCCAGGAGCUAGAUGGUGGCGCCCUGGCAGCCCAUGAGAGGGUCAUUGGUCCACUCCAGCCGUACCAGCACCCUGCCGCAGUCCGCUGCAUAGAGGGCGCUACAUCCCCAAUAAGGGUGGAAAAGUAGCCGCCCACUCCUCACCCCCUGCCCAGUAUGGGUGGGGGGUCUUGUGGCUGGGCCGCGCCCAGCCCCCUUCUGCAUGUCUGAAGCCACCGGCAGCUGCCGCUCCCAUCCUAGUUUUGAAAGCCCCUUAUUUAUAACUUUUAUAUAUCUUGUCGUGGCGCCUGUCUCCUCCCCGGCUGUACGGGGCGGGGCUGUUUUUAACUUGUCCGUUUGUACUGAUGUAAGAACUCGUCAAUAAACAAUCAUUUGCUAACCCGGA